AUGGUGCAGAUCAGUUUUACCAGCUCAAAGGGAUUUCAUUGGCGAACAAUUCAAGAUUGCGGAAAUAGCUUGUUUUGUCAAGCUGAAAGAGUACUGUGGAAAGUCCAUGAUAAAUACUCUGAUCUGCUUGCUAAAGACUACUUCAAUUUCGCAUUCAAAUUUUAUGAAGACGUUAAUGUGACAAAGAUGCUUGAGGAUGCUGGAGUUUCAGUUGGGAUGGAUUUUUAUCCUAGCUUGAUCAUUCAAGUGAUAAGGCAAAAGACUAACAAAUUCGCAAAUAUAAAGUGUUAUAAUGGAACAUUAAUUGUGGGGGAAGUUCGAAUCUGCUUAGAAAAAGAUGGAAUGUUUCAGGACUGUAACAUGGUGUUUUGGUCCACUUAG